AUGUCAGAAACAACUCUUAAUGCCAUCAAUGCCAUUAAUACUAUUAGUACUUUAGAAGAAAAUAAAGAUAAAGAUAAUAAUGAUACAGCAACGACGGAGGUUUUUGAAAAUCGCUGUUUGUUGUUUCCUACUUAUGCUACAAAACAUAUUUAUAAAGAUGGAUCAGAUUCUCCUAUAUUGACUGACGAAUGGAAUAUUCGAAUUCGAGGUUGGGCAUAUUCAGCACCAAAAUCAACCAGAACUCGUUCCCUUUUCCUUGGUUUAACAUCACGCGUCACAGGAAUCCAAAAAACUGAUGCCAGUUAUGAAAUUCUUGAAUCUCGUACAUCUUUAUUUUGGGCGAAUAAUAUUGAUGAUAAAGAGUUCACGGCGAAAAUAAUUGGUCUCACUGAUUCAAACAAGAUGUCCCUUGAAGGUGAUCCUAAUGACCUAUCCAUAGAACAUCUAAAAGAAAUGUCGAGUAUUAAGAUUUCUCCUUUAACAGGAAAUUUAUCAGGAUAUCUUACUAUUAAACAAUCGAUUGUUGAUAAAUGGUUGAGACAAGAAGAAUCUAAUGCUCAAGCGGUCGGUAAAUUCUUUCAAAAUUUGAUUGGAAAAGGAAAUAACAAGAUUCAAUUACUUAAGAUUCAAUCUGUUUGCGAUGAUGAAAAGUCUCAUACAACAUAUGGUGUUGUGAAUUUGAUAGGGCCAAAAGGAUUCUCCGUAAUUUCUUAUAAUAAAAGCGUAGCAUUUCAUUACGUCUCUAAUUCACCCUGGCAACUAUUCCCAAUGAUUGGAUCAUUUUUCAAUACAUAUCAUUUUCCUCCUGGUUCGGCACAUCUUAAAUUCUAUGAUGGAAUAUUUAAGAGUGCUAGGAAUCAAAGGGAUCAACCGAUGGCCAGUAAAUUUAUGUAUAUUAGAGAAUUGCUUAAGGAUUUUCCUGAACGUAAAUUUAUUCUCAUUGGUGAUACCGGUGAACUUGAUCCUGAAAUAUACACCACAAUUGCACGUGAAAAUCCAGAUCGAAUUAUUAAAAUUUUUGUCAGGGAUGUAACUACAGCUCACGUAAAGGAUCUUCCAGCUCAACCAGCAAAACGUUCGUAUACACAAACAUUCACAACAACCUAUAAAUACUUACGUAGUUAUUAUUCUGGUGAUUUCAAUAAUGAGAAUCCGAAUGAAGUAAAAGUUGAUGAGAAUGUGGAUAAAAUAAAAGAUGAUAUUAUGGAUAAAGUAGAAUCCACUAGAGAUAUAAAAGAUGAACAAGAUAAACAAGAUAAAUACGAUGAAUCUUCUCAUCCUUACCUUACACGUAUUAUGCAUGAUAUAUCUCAUUUACAUUCAUCAUUAGGUUCAAUUAUUGGAUUUGAUAAUACCACCGAUGAAAAUAAAAGAGAUAUGAAAACUCCUUUGGAAAUGUUUCAUGAAAGAUUAGAAAAGUUGAAAAAGGGAUUACCCGAAGGUUUAUUUUCGACUUUUACUGAUCCCAAAGACAUAGAAAAUGAUCCUUUGAUUAAAAAAUAUUUGAUUUAA